AUGGAAAGCACCAAUGGAACUGAACAACCUCUUGAAGACGAUGAAGCUGCCGAGAUACAAGUGUACAAGUUCUAUGCAGCCGCAAUAAUUGUGAUUUUUAUCUUGGCUUUGCCUCUGAAUGCAUCUGUCAUCCACCUCUUUAUUUUCAAGCUAAGGUUUUGGAAAUCCAGCACAAAUAAUAUCUUCCUCUUCAACCUGGUUUUGGCUGACAUCCUCCUGCUGAUCUGCUUGCCCAUAAAGGCCUAUACCUUCAUCCAGGGAGUUAGAAAUAGUAACAAUGACGCUGUCUGCAAAGCCAUGCUUUUCAUGUUGUUUUUAAACCGUGGAGCUAGCAUCGCCUUCCUAACAGCGACUUCCAUCCAUCGGUAUUUUCAUGUGGUGCACCCUGGUCGAAAAAGUCCCCUAAAAGCGCUUAAGAAGUCUCCACAGAUCUCUGUCCUCAUCUGGGUGCUGCUUCUGCCUCUCACCAUCCCCACCAUGCUCAAAAACUUUGACUGCUCUUACAGCCUCAUUAAAGAAAAUGCUACCGUGAUCAAGGAUGUGGUGGAUGGCAUCAGAGAGACUGUAAUCUUUACUCAGAUCCUGAUCCCGUUUGUCAUCCUGCUCUACUGCACUGUGCGCAUCGUCAACCGACUCAGGAAAAAAACAGUCGGGGAUAGGACCAAGCUGAAGAGAGCGGUAUUUCUGGUCACUGCUGUCAUGGUGCUCUUUUCAUUCUGUUUCCUCCCCUGCACCAUAGCCAGGAUGGUUCUGCUUACCAUUCGGGUCAAAGAUAUGCCUGAUUACAUCGAGCACAAAGCUGUAGUGGCCUUUGAUGGCCUCGUGGUCCUCUCCUACAUAGACUGUCUGCUCGACCCACUUGUCUACUGCUUCUCUAGCACCAAGUUCAAAGCACUUUAUCUAUCCAAUUACUUCCCAUUUUUAGUAAAAGAAACUCCACAGGUCAGCUCAACAGGAAAGUCAAACAGAACUACAACUGCUACUGUCAUUUCAUGUUUAUGA